AAUAUUUGUAACAAAAAACCCUUAUUUUCAUGCAUGGAAUUCUCCUCUAACUACAACACCACACCAACAAGAGAGAGAUCAUAGCCUAUCCAAUACCACCAUUAGCAUCAACCCUUUUCUUCAAAAAUUUUAUUUUUAUUUUCCAUUGCUAACCCAUUAAAUUCGGUUGCUUUGGAAACUGAAAAUUUUGAAGGGUUCUUUCUUCUUCUUUUUUGUUCCUUUUUUUGUGGGUCUAAUCUUUUGUACUUCACAAGAACUGUCACAUCUUAACCCUUUUUUGAUUCUCUUCUGAUCAUCAUCAUCAUCACAUCACUUCUUUAUAUCCUUAUAAAGCUAAGAACUUUUGUGAUCUAUUUUUCUCAACUCGAUCAUGGAAUUUGCUUAGUCUUUUGAAGAAAUUUUGAGGUAAGUGUCAUAUUGUUUUUUGUUUUGUUUGUUAUUGGUUUUAGAAUCUUUAGAUUUAUUACAAUGGAGGAUAGAGUUUGUAAGUAUUGUUUGAAAAGAUUUCCUUGUGGAAAAUCUCUUGGUGGUCACAUUAGGACUCAUAUGAUGAGUGAAAAUUCACUUCAAUCUAAUGAAGAGAAAAGAAUGAAUGCUAAUGCUAGUGUUAAUGCUAUGUUUAAGUUUGAUGAGGGAAGAAAGAGAAAGAGAUUGGAUUUAGGGUCUAAUGGUGGUGGUAGUGGUGGUGAUGAUGGUAACCUUAUUUAUGGUCUUAGAGAGAAUCCCAAGAAAACAACUAGGUUUGUGCACUCCAAUGCUGCUGCUACUGUUCAGAUGGAGAAAUUCUGCAAAGAAUGUGGAAAAGGUUUUCCAUCAUUGAAAGCACUGUGUGGUCACAUGGCUUGUCACUCUGAGAAAGAUAAGGGAGCUAAUCGGAUUGAAAGUGUGUCUGGUGUCCGUGAAAAGCAGAAAUUGGUUAUGGAUAGUCAGUCUGAUACCGAGGCUUCGGUUCAGACUGACUCAAGGAGAUCAAGGAGGAUGAAGUUCAAGAAUCUUAGCGGCGGCGGUGGUGAUAAUAAGUCUUCAUCUUCUCUUCAUUGGGGAAAUUGUUCUUCUUCGGUUUCGGAGGUUGAGCAGGAACAAGAAGAUGUUGCUAGGUGUUUGAUGCUGCUGUCUAGAGAUUCUACUUAUAAGGGUCGUUUUCCUUUGGUGACAGAAUCUUCUGAUAACAAUUCAGUUGUUGUUGAAGAAAAAUCACCUUCUGUUGAUACCAAGUUUGCUGUUAUGAACCGUGGUAAGAACAUUGUUGGCGCUAAAAACAAUGGUUUUGAGCUUGCUGAGAAGAAGCUGAACAAAGACGGGAAGAUGAAAUCGGUCGAAAUUGGUUAUGUUUCUGAUAAUUCGGAUUCUGGAUACUUCACUUAUGGUCCUAAAAAAGUAGAAUCAGAUGAUUCAAGUGAUGGUUUUUUCAGGAAUGAUGCUAAGUCUUCAAAAGUUGGAUACUUUUCUAGUUUCCAGGAUCAUGAUUUUGAAUCAAGCAAGAAGAUAAUAAGCAGAGGAAGAAACAGAAACAGUGCUGAAUUCAAGAAAGUAGUUUUGGAAAAUUCUAGCAAGAAAACAAAAAAUGGUUAUAACAAUGAAGUGUAUGAGAGUUUGAAGAUUGAUAGAGAAAGUUAUUCUGAAGAUUCAGCUUAUGAGAGUGAUGAAAACAGCUCAGAAAGUGAUUCUUAUCCUGCUCCAAAGGCACAAAGCAAUAAGAACAUGAAUGGAAAAACUAAUAAGAAGUCAAGUUACAAAGGAAAGAAGAAAAUGAAGUCAAAGAAAAGCAAAGAACAUGAAUGUCCAAUUUGCAACAAGAUUUUCAAGUCAGGACAAGCUUUAGGGGGUCACAAAAGAUCCCAUUUUAUUGGAGGAAAUGAUGAUAACACUCUUGUGAUUAGACCAGCUGCUGCUGCUCAUGCUCAUGCUGCUCCUGCUGCUCAUGCUCAUGCUGCUCCUGCACCUCCUGCUUUUGCUGCUGCUGCUAAUCCAUCUUUAUUUGAUCUUAAUCUACCUGCUCCUGAUGAUGAAUAAAGGUUUUGGUUUUGGGUCAUUUUGAAGCAUGUUUUUUUGUUAAGGAAUUAUGAAAAAGGUUUUGUCUUUAUCCCAUAUGAUGAAAGCAAUGACAAUGUACAGACAAGUGGGUAAUUGGUUGGUACUUUUUUAUGGUUUCUUAGAUUCAUUAUUUGGUAGGAGUAAUUUGUUUCUUUUCAUGUUCUUCUUUGAAGCAUGAUGACAAUUUACUAGUUUUUCAAUUAAGUUCUAUUUCCCUUUUCCAAGUAAAACCAUACUCUUGAAAUUUAUAUUCCUAUGGUGCAUAAGUGCAUAUGUUGGGUUCAUCCACCA